CUGUUUCCUGCUGUGCAUGAAGGAUGACAGCAUCGAGGGCAUCUACGACACGCUCAAGCAGUGCGCCCUGAUCUCCAAGUCUGCUGGUGGGAUCGGCCUGGCCGUGAGCUGCAUCCGAGCCACGGGCAGCUACAUCGCGGGGACGAAUGGGAAUUCCAACGGGCUUGUUCCCAUGCUGAGGGUCUACAACAACACCGCUCGUUAUGUGGAUCAAGGCGGAAACAAGAGACCCGGGGCUUUCGCCAUCUACCUGGAGCCGUGGCAUUUGGACAUCUUCGAGUUCCUGGACUUGAAGAAGAACACCGGGAAGGAAGAACAGCGCGCCAGGGACCUUUUCUUUGCCCUCUGGAUUCCCGAUCUCUUCAUGAAGCGUGUUGAAACCAACCAGGACUGGUCCUUAAUGUGCCCAAAUGAGUGUCCUGGCCUGGAUGAGGUCUGGGGAGAGGAAUUUGAGCAACUCUAUGAGAGUUACGAGAAGCAAGGCCGUGUGCGCAGAGUGGUGAAGGCCCAGCAGCUCUGGUAUGCCAUCAUUGAAUCCCAGACGGAGACCGGCACGCCGUACAUGCUGUACAAAGACUCCUGCAACCGGAAGAGCAAUCAGCAGAACCUGGGCACCAUCAAAUGCAGCAAUUUGUGUACGGAGAUCGUGGAGUACACGAGCAAGGAUGAGGUCGCCGUUUGUAACUUGGCCUCUAUCGCCCUGAACAUGUACGUCACUUCCGAGCACACCUACGAUUUCAAGAAGCUCGCCGAAGUCACCAAAGUUAUUGUGCGAAACCUGAACAAAAUCAUCGACAUCAACUACUACCCCAUCCCAGAG